CCUAGGGCAGGGACAGCGGCGGCCCUUCGGUUUUCCCGUUUUGGCGUGGGCUGCGAAAGUCCAAAGGUGGGGUGAUGCCCCAACGCGCUUCCCUCCCGAGCGCAGAGCGCCGCCCACCUUCCUCCACCCAGGCAGGCGAAACCUGAGGGGCGUUUCCUUCGGCCCUCGGGCCGCCCCCUCGCGCUCGUCCCUUAGCCCGGGGCGAAGGGGGCGGUGCUGCCGCUCGUUCCUCAGCCAGGACGCUGUGCUAGCUGCGCCAGCCAGCCAGCCAGCCAGCCAGCGGCCGAGGGACGGAGUUGGAGUUUGUUAAGUGGCGUCUGGCGCUCUACAGGAGGCCGCUGCCAGACAGAGGAAGCCGCCCGCCCGGCUCAAUAAACCUCGCUCCUUUCCUCCCGCUCCUCCUUCGCCUCCCUCGCCAUGGCCGAGGCGCCUCACCCCGUGGAGACCGACCCCGAUUUCCAGCCGCUGGCCCGCCCGAGGUCCUGCACUUGGCCUCUGCCCCGCCCGGAGCUCGCCCCGUCCAGCCCGGGACAGACGCCCACUGCAACUCCGGCGAGGGCCGCGUCUCCGUCCCGCUGCGGGCGGGUUACGGCCCUCGGCGCCUCCUCCACCGGCGGUGACCUCCUGAGCUUGCUGGAAGCGGGCGGAGGCGAAGGCUUCGAGGCGGGCACGGGCAGCUCCGCUGCCGGAGCGGGAGACCUCGGCGUUUCAGGCGGCUGCCUCUGCGGGGAGUUCCCGUGCCUCCAGCACCCCCAGCCGCAGCAGCACGCAGGGCCCGCCGCCUUGGCCUCGGUGACGGGCCCUCGCAAGAGCAGCUCUUCCCGCCGCAACGCUUGGGGCAACUUGUCAUACGCGGACCUCAUCACGAAGGCGAUCGAAAGCGCCCCCGAGAAGCGGCUCACUCUCUCCCAGAUCUACGAGUGGAUGGUCAAGAACGUGCCGUACUUCAAGGACAAGGGGGACAGCAACAGCUCCGCCGGGUGGAAGAAUUCCAUCCGUCACAACCUCUCAUUGCACAGCAAGUUCAUUCGAGUACAGAAUGAAGGAACAGGAAAAAGCUCUUGGUGGAUGCUCAAUCCAGAAGGAGGCAAAAGUGGCAAGUCUCCCAGGAGAAGGGCAGCCUCCAUGGACAACAGCAGCAAGUUUGCAAAAAGUAGGGGGAGGGCUGCAAAGAAAAAAUCAGCUCUUCAGGCAGGCCAGGAUGGAAAUGGUGACAGUCCAGGAGCACAGUUCUCAAAAUGGCCUGCGAGCCCCAGCAAUCAUAGUAAUGAUGACUUUGAUAACACUUGGAGUACUUUUAGACCUCGAGCCAGUUCUAAUGCCAGUACCAUCAGUGGAAGGCUUUCCCCAAUCCUGCCGGAACAAGAUGUCCUCGAAGAAGGGGAAGUGCAUUCCAUGGUCUACCCUCCACCCGCCACCAAAAUGGCUUCAACUCUGCCGAGCCUUUCCGAAAUGAGCAGUUCAGAAAAUAUGGAGAAUCUGUUGGAUAAUCUGAAUCUUUUGUCUCCUAAUACAUCAUUAGCUGGAUCUACCCAGUCACCACCUACCACCAUGAUGCAGCAAUCCCCUGGUUAUUCAUAUGCAUCGUCCAACACAAAUAUAGGUUCACCAAAUGCAGACUACAGGAAAUACAGUUAUGCCCAGCCUGGCAUAACUUCUUUGUCCCAGAUACCUAUGCCAGCUAUUCAGGACAAUAAAUCAAACUAUGGAACUAUUAACCAGUAUAACUGCCCAGGGCUUCUUAAGGAGUUGCUUACUUCUGACUCACCACCACAUAAUGACGUCUUAGCAUCGGUAGAUACUCAUGUUUCCCAGCCUAGUAGCCGAGUGCUGGGACAAAAUGUAUUAAUGGUCUCUAACUCUGCAAUACCGCCAUAUGGCAGCCAGCAGCCCCAUAACAAAAUCAUUGCCCCUGGUGCUCGCUCUCACCAAGGGCACAUCCAGCCAACCCCAGUAAUAAACAGCCAUACUUUGUCUCUCACCCUUAGCACUGUGUCUCACGCUUCAAGUGUGAGUCGUUCAUCCCCAGCGAAAACCUCAGUACAGGGUCCUGUGAGCCACCCGAUGCACAUGAACAGCAUCAGCCCCUUCACCACUGUGAACAACUGUAAUGGGUAUGGAAGAGUGGGGAUUGUUUCUUUCCAUCAGGAGAAGCUCCCUAGUGACUUGGAUGAUAUGUUCAUUGAACGGUUGGACUGUGAUAUGGAAUCAAUAAUUCGUAAUGAUCUGAUGGAUGGGGAAACAUUAGAUUUUAACUUUGACAGUGUGUUACCUAACCAAAGUUUGCCACAUGGUGUUAAAACAGCAACACACAGCUGGGUCUCGGGAUAAGACUGGAAGGUUAGUUCUCCUUUUGCUUCAGACAUCUCUGACUACAAGAACUGCAUAUGCAUAAAGAAGUCCAAAGAUGUUCUUCAGCUUCUUUGCAUUUUCUUGUGUAAUUUUUUUUUCUCUUGUCAGUCUUGGCUGCAGAUUUUUUUUUUUUUGUACAAAAUGUUUGCCAGAUACUUGCAGGUUAUUUGCUGCUGUAAGUAAGGAAUGUGCCAUUGGAAGUGUCUUUAUUUGGAAGUGCCAAACUCACCACUGUCACUAACGUCAUAGAAAAGCAGAAGAUACUUGAGCAUCACGUGUUGGCUUUAUGCUGCAGCUUCCCCUACAUAGGUGGCUUCCAGAUGUAUUAAACUUCAAAUCCCGCAAUCCCUAGCUAACAUGGCACCAGUAUGGGCAAAGUGGUGUAUAGAAUAGGCUGCAGAAGUAAGCUUAAUUUCUGUAAGAUCAUAUUAGAUGUAAUUAAACUUAUGGAACAUGGUGAACAGCUUGAUUAAUUGUCUUUUGGUGAGUUAAAAUUGCUGUACAUUUUAUAUGAAAAAAAACCAUUGAAUAUGACCCAACCAAAGUUUUGGCCAUUCAGAUUUCUAUAUUAGUAUGUUGAAAAGCUUUGUUUGCAUAUGUAGUAGACUUAUUGUAGAGCUCAUUUCCAGAUUGAUUAAUUUUAUUAAUAAACGUAAAGUUUGUAAUAGACCUAUAACUAUUUUUCUUACAUCUGUUGUUUUACAGGUUUCUUAAAAAUAUGCAGAAUCCAAUACUUAAAAAAAUUCAGCAUAUUUUAUACACAGUAUUUUAACAAGAUAAGAGGAGAGAAUUUUUAUUAGCACUCUGUAAGAUUCAUAACCAGAAGGUUUUUACAUAUAAAAUUUCUGGUUUUUUUCUGGCAUGAAGAUGUUCUGUAUUGUUAGUACUAUAUUGACUAUCCAAAAGUCUUAAAUAUUGUUAAAUACUUUGUAUAUACAGAUCAUAUUUGUAUUUAUUUUAUGAAGUUUUAUAAAGAUUGUUAGGCAUCUGUGUUAAUAGUUUCAUUAAUAAUCCAUUUUAAUUUCUUUUUUUAACUGCAUGGUCCCUCAUUUCUUUUUUUAUUACUGCCUCCUAUUUUGAUUUGAAGAGAUCAUACAGCUAGAAACUUGGUUUACACUAAUUAUGAUAUAAUAAUGUAUUUUGUAGAAAUGAAUCUUGAUCAUAAUAAUAUAACAAUAGUUUUGAUGGGGUUUACUGACCAUUGCCUUCAACAUCUUACAAUGAUCAAGAAGAAUUCCAAUAAUUUACUCUUAGAUUGAUAAGAGCAGGCUUACAAUAUAUAAAUAAAUAUAAAUAAUAUUGAAAUUGUGAGCUAUAUCUUAUAUCUCUGAUAUAAUAGCUGUGCUGUGUAUCCUUCUUUUGUAUGAUCUUGAACCUCCCCUUUCCAAAAUCCAAGCAAAGGAAAUACUUGUUCAAAUAUUUGAGCACCUGAGGAAAAGGCAGCAGUGACAAGGGGAUUGGCCCAGAGAAAUUGCCAGAUCUUUUUGUUUCAGUGUUUCGGAGAGAGAGGCAAUAAGGACUUGCCACGGAUGGUGUAGGGGAGACUAGGUGAGGUAAAGCCCCUGAGGGACACAAAACUACUUAAUGUAUCACGUGGUUCAACUGCACACAUUUAACAAGGUGUUCUUUGAAGACCCUGUGGUUCAUUAUAUUUUGAUAUAAGGCCCCAUGGUGUACUGCUAGAGUAUCCCUAAGAGGAGAAUGGUCCCAUAAGCAUAUUAUACACCUAAGAAUAUUCUAAUAAUUUUGGCACAGAAUCCUGGGAAAGACUAUUAAAUGCUCCCGUGUCUCUGUCGGUGUAUGCUUUAAUUCAUUAUGAAUGGUAGUUGAAUAUGGUUUGCCCAGAUAAGGAAAACCUCUGCUCAUUUUAAACACUGACAAUUAGUGUUACCUGGACUCAAUGCUCAGUAACGCUGUAAUAGUGCAGGAGGACUCUCCCUUUGUGACCGGAGGGAAAUUGAACAUGUCUUGGAGUGUGGUAUUACAAAAAAAUGAUGUGAAGACUGAUCAUACAUAUUUCUGCUUAUAUCUUAUAUUCUGUAGCUUAAAAAACUAGAUAUGAUGGCUUUGUGAAGUGUGUCAGUUGCUUUUCCAAGCAGCCAGGCUAUUCUCUGUCUUGGUCUGUAAGAGAAAUGUAUUCUAUAAUAGAACUGUUCCAAUUUAAUGUAUUGUUUCUACUUACGUUGUAUUAAUAAUUGCAUUAAUGAGAUCUCUGCUUUGAUAAACUGACAAGUUCUAUGAAAUGAUAAGCUAAUGUACUGUUGAAUGGUGACAACUCAACAGAACAUAGGUAAAGAAGAGAUGAUUAUUAACAUAGACCAGUUCCUUAAAAGUCUUACAGUGCAAUUCUGCACAUGCUUGCUGUGAUAUAAUUCUGACUAUUCAGUGGGUCUGACAUCCUAGCAAGCAUGUCUCAGGGUUGCAAUCUUAAGUUUGCACUUGUUCCAGUAAAGUGGAUUGGUGAUGCUGUGACUUUUAAACAAUUUAAGAUAGCAGGAUGAAAAGUUCAGGCUUGUUAAUUUUUCAUUGAUAUUCCAAGGAAGUGAUUUUAUUUGUUUUUAUAAGGCCUAAAACUAAUGAUGUAGGUUAGGGAAACAAAUGUAACUGCAUUACAACUAGAUCUUUUAAGACAGAAUUCUCCUCCUUUUGGGUUUCCCCCAUUUCUGCCUUACCAACAUACUGACAUCCGAAUAUUUCAGAUGUCAUUUCUGUGACUUAUAAAGAGAAGGCAAUUUCAUUGCUGAACACCUCAAACUAUCUUUUGGAUAUUUGUGGGAAAGUGCCUGAUGUUUUUCCAAACAGAAAAUAAUCCUUUGUAUAAACCCAUACAUGUAUAUGCAUUACUUUAAUGAUCUUGUCCUUCAUAUGGUUAAUCUGUAUGCUGAUAAAGGAUUCUGUUUAUUUGUUAUUGUUUGUAAUCAUUCCGAUAUGCAAAGGGAUUUAAAAUCUUUCUAAUCUGUCUUUAUAGUAGUAUCAUGAGAAGAGGCUUUUUUUAUUGGAAAGAUAAUAUAUUUUAUAAAUAAAUAAAUAA